CUGUUUUCUCCGCUGGUUCCGAUGGUUUCGGUAGGACGAUAUUAAUGUGGGUGGACCUUGGCGCAUAUCCAACGGAUAUUUUUAGGGGGCCGCAGGAUCGGACUAUUUACUACAGCUCUGUAGUACUUUUUACAUAUAAACCAGCAGACUUUUUUUUUCAAACGCAAGCACCAGAGAUAUUCUACCUCCUUUGUCAGGAUACAAUGGCCGAGGACACAGCUAUAGAUAGGCUGAGCACUGCAGCUGCGAUUGGAGAUCUGAGAGAAAUUGAACAGACACUGCAACUCAACGUGAACGUUAAUGAGAAGAACAAGUACGGGAGGACACCAUUGCAGGUGAUGAAGCUUGGCUGCCCGUGCGUAGCGGAGGCGCUGCUUCGAGCAGGCGCCGACCCAAAUGCUCGCGAUCCUAUACUACGACUGACUGUCAGUCACGACGCCGCGCGAGACGGGUAUCUGGACACUCUACGGGUGCUCGCGCAGAAUGGUGCUGAUGUCAAUCUCCCUGACAACGACGGCAACCUGCCUCUGCAUCUGGCGGCGCGGGAGGGACACCUGGAUGUCGUACAGUAUCUCGUGUCUGACUGCAGCACGCCGCCUUUUCUGCCUAACGCGAAAGGUUACACGCCUCGUGACCUGGCUUUCAUGCACAAAAAACACAGAACUAUGGAGUGGUUAGAGAACAUUGCGCCUUCACAAUCCAGCUAGAGAUUAUGACUAUGGGCCUGUGUGUUUUGUUGUGUAACAGAGGUAGCAGACAAAUGCUGAAUGAUUUAUUGCAUUCCAUACCAUUCAGCAAACUACCUCUUAAUGCAUUGUAAAAUAUUGGGCUCAGGGGCUUGUCUUUUCUUUUCUUUUAUUUUUUUUUUAUUUUUCUUUUUUUUUUUUUUGUGAAUAACAAUUAAAAUUUCAGUUGACCUUGCAUGUAUUUCACAUUACACCCAAUUUCGACUGGCUAAAUUGAUUUUUAUUUUUUUAUGAGAUAUUUUUCAGGUCAUUUUCAAGUCUCCGUUUUUUUUUUUUUGUAUAGAUAAUUUCUUUCACUAACUUUCAGCCAUGUUACACCUGUCCUAUAUGUUCUGAAUUAUAACAACAACAAAAAAAGAUAACCUAAAUUAACUGAUGUGCUCAAAGAAACCAAUCUCCUUUUUAUUAAAGUAUUGCACUAUAAUGGUCAAAAUCAACUUAACCCCUGACUGCUCUGUUUUUGUUGUGUUUAGUUUUAUCACAUUGAACUUGCACUUUUGCUUGUAAUUAAUGGCUUUUAACUUUUGAAUUACUGUGAAAGAUUGUCUUUUGUCGCAUUGAAAAUAUUAAAACCUUGCUAAAUAACCAAAGACAGCUGUUAAACGGUUUCGAUAUGUUUUCAUGACGUUGUGUGUUUAACUCUGGCCUCGUGUCACUGAAAUACGGGUAGGCCUAGAAAACAUUUAUGAGACUGUAUUAAAAACAUGAAAUAUAAUGGGUUGAGCAUUGAUAAGUGUUGUCUGAUGUUGUCAAAUGUUUCAAACAGAGAAAUAAAACGCUGUGACGUUG